CUUCUGACUCACUUCCGGCAUUAACAGGAAGCAGCACGUUGCACCAGGAAGUGCUCCCGGAGCAGCUGGAGACAGAAUGCCAGUUCUGCCACUAGAGGAGCAGCAUGUGGAUCACAAGGAUGGAAUGACUGGAAAGUUACGGUCUUUACCUGCCCUGGACCCCAAGCGGGCUGUAUCUAGGCACUUUGUGCUGUAUUUGCCUCCUCCAGCAUUAUGUAGUCCUGCUUUGCUUGAGGAGUUCUUAGAGAGAUCUGAAUUUAUCAUACAGGAUCUGCGUUGGUUGCUUGCACUGGCUCAUGAUCUUUUUUGGUGUCAGGUGAUAUAUGAUGAAUCUCUACAGAAAUGUCUUGACUCCUUCCUGAGUAACUGCCCACGGAGCUAUGACCCCCACCCUCCCUUUCCACCAGCUGUGCAGCAAGUUCAGAGUGAACUUCAUCGUUGUGUCUUCCUCACCUUCUUGCGAAUGUCUACACACAAAGAGUCCAAGGAUCAUCACAUAACCCCAUCUGUAUUUGGGGAGAUCAUAUACAAUAACUUUCUCUUUGACAUACCAAAGCUAAUGGAUAUAUGUGUCUUGUUUGGGAAAGGAAACUCUGCCCUUCUUCAAAAAAUGAUUGAUAACAUUUUCCGUCACCAGCCUAGUUAUUACCAAGACCUUGAUGACAGUGUGCCAACACUGUUACAGGUAUUGAGCAGUAUCCUGGUAGUCUGUGGAGUUCAGCAGGAUAAAGACUCGGUAGAGCUACAGAAACUGGGAGAACAAAACCGGACAACACCUCUAGACAUGCCAGUGGAGGAAUUGCAAGAUGCUGUAAUAUAUCUUUGUGAUUCUACAAGCACGCUUUGGGCUUUCCUGGACAUUUUCCCAGCUUCAUCGGAAACUUUAAAGAAACAUGACUUCCUUAAUCGGCUGAGCUGUUUUUAUGAACUGUGCUGCCCAGAGCUAGAGGAUGCAAUAACCAAGAGGACAUUUGAAGACAAAGGUUUACAGUCUGAUCUCUGGAGAAGGCUUUCUCACUCCAGGAAAAAGAUGUUGGAGAUUUUUCACAUCAUCCUGAGCAAAACAUGUCUUCAGCCCAUCUUGGAACACAAGGCAGAGAAUAUUCAGCCCUAUGUGGAGGAUUUCUUGCAGAUUUUGACAGUGCUACUUCCAGAGAGAAGGUUUCUUUGUGAUUAUGAUGAGCUAUUUCCCGUGGCUGACGAUCUGAAUUUGCUACAGCAGGUUUCUCCAUCAAUUGAUGAGACCCGCACUACAUACAUAUUGCAUGGAGUGCAAGGAGCAUAUGCUGAUACUCGAAGACCCAUGACCCAUCCUGCACCUUCGUUACAAAUAAGCCCUGUAAGAACUGCUGAAGGAGCACAAGCCAACAAUUAUCAAAACUCUCAUAGUCUGGAACCAGAGUGUUCUGGAGCCACUGCAGGCCCAUACCUCAGUGGGGUAGAGCUGGACUCCCUGGUGUCACAAAUAAAAGAUUUGCUUCCAGAUCUGGGAGAUGGAUUUAUCCUUAACUGCCUUGACGAAUAUGCAUAUGAUCCCGAGAGAGUCAUAAAUAAUUUGUUGGAGGAAAACCUCACCCCACGGCUGCAAGAGAUGGACCGCACUUUGCCCAGACAGGAAAAGCUGGAUCCUUGCCCGCUUGUUUCCUCGAGAUCAAAUGUCUUUGCAGAUGAUGAGUUUGAUGUUUUCAGCAGAGAUGUUGUGGACACUUCACGAAUCUGGAAAGGAAGGAGGAAACAGGAGACAACUGCCCAGCUUUUGGCAGAUAAAAGUUUAAUCUCUGCACAGAAGGAGCGGUACUCCAAGUAUAGCAUGGUCACAGAGGAGCUCAUUAUGGAUGGUGAUUAUGAUGAUGAGUAUGAUGACACCUAUGAUGGGAACCAAGUUGGUGCAAAUGAUGCAGACUCGGAUGAUGAGCUAAUUAGUCGCAGACCCUUCACUAUACCUCAGGUUCUGAGAUCACGGGAGGAGGUGGUAGAAGACUAUCAAGAGGAUAAAGAGGAGGCAGAAGAAGAAACCAUCAAGAAUGAUCACUUUGUACAGGACCCAGCAGUACUUAGAGAGCGGGCUGAGGCACGAAGAGCCAAUUUCUAUGCCAGAAAAGGAAUUCGUCCAGAUAAUUCUGCAGCAUUACAAGGAGCAAACAGGGGCCAAGGGCAGAGCCGUGACACUUUGCAAGAGCGCAGGAAGAAAGAAACCAACAAAGGAGCUAGAGCCAACCACAACCGCAGGGCCAUGGCAGACAGGAAGAGGAACAAGGGCAUGAUACCUUCCUAAAUGCAGUACUAUUCACCUCAGACAGACAAUGGUUCUCUCCAAAGACACAAUGUUGGGACUUGGUUUUGUUGGCAAUAAUCUGUAGCACUUUGGGAUAGUUUGUACAUUUUAAAUGGGCCCAGUCUAUCCACUACAUUUUUGUGGCAUACGCUUCCAUUUUCCUGAAACUGUACAUUAGAACUAUCGUGUACAUUAGACGUAUACAGCUUUGUUGAAGUAAAUAUGUAUUGCUUACUGAA